UUAUGAAAGGAAACACACGUGAGGGUAUAAACAAACGAGUGGACGAGGACGGCCAUUGUUAGAGCUCAAUGAUAUGAUGAGGGCCCGUUUCUUCCCCCUGGCAGUGUUGGCCAGUGUCCUGUGUUCGUGUCAAAGCUACACCCUGAGGAGCUCGGUGUCCUGGGUCGUCUCCUCCAACGAUGUGGUGGAGGACGCCGACCUGUCGGAGGAGGUCGCCCCGGCGCUGCUGGUGGACGGCGCCGGGCUGUGGAAGCAGGCUUACCCGUCCACAAACGUCCUCGGAGACAGCGUGGAGAGCCCCGGAGAGCUAGUGAAGGAAGAAAACGACAAUGUGGCGCAGCUUUCCUCUCGCCUGUUUUCAUACCGGCUGGAGAAGGUGAAGAAGUCCGGCAGCAGCAGUCCUCCCCCGCACCAGGAGACCGCCAGGACCGCCAGAUACAUCGCCCACUACAGUGACUGGGGACACCUGUCCACCAUUUCAACUCAAGACAAGAUCAGAGGUCUCCCCUUUGGGAACAUCUUCUCAGUCAGUGAUGGACCGCUGGACAACAGCACUGGAGUCAUUUAUUUUUACGUUACUCCAAUGGACAACACCGUGUCAGACCUGCAAAGUAACCCAUACGCUUCUCUCACAUUCUCAGAGGCUGAGGGAGAAUUCUGCAGGCAAAUGGUGUAUGAUCCAGAAGAUCCAAGAUGUGCUCGGCUCACUCUAACAGGCAAGAUGGUGGAGGUGGCGCUGGAGGAGCUCGUGUUCGCGAAGGAGGCAAUGUUCUCAAGACAUCCUGUGAUGGCAAAGUGGCCAGUGGGACACAAGUGGUUCUUCAUGAAGCUGGAGUUGAUCCAGAUCUGGCUGCAGGACUGGAUCGGAGGCGUAUCACUCAUUCCACUGGAGGACUAUUUUAAAGCUACGCCUUUCUGAGAACAUCCUUCCCUCUGAUCAUGUCAGCAUACACAGAUCAGUUCAGCUGUCUACACCGCAGAUGUCACCUUAAUAAGGGGCAAGAAUUGCCAAAGAUGAAAUGAGCAAAGAAUAUUUUUCAAAUAUUCGAAUGUGUUGCUUUUUUGAGAUGUGAAAGUGAAUAUUUUUAAAUGUUUCUCUUUUGCUCUGUAACUUGGCUCACACAAAAUCAGUUAAUCAGUAUGCUGUGUUUGGUGUGCGAAUGUAUUUAAAGUCAAUAAGCUAGGUAAAUUGAAUGAUCAUCACAGUUAACGUUUAAUAUAUUCUUUAAAAACAGAUUACUAUUUUAUUUGAUGGCAUUAAAAGAUGUGCGCUGUUUGAAAAAUAAAUGAAUGUUAGCUCACGCAA